GCCUGUGUUGAGUGACUGUGCUGUGUGAAGCUUGAGCCUGAGCUUCCCCCUCACAGUAGACCAAGCAGGCUGAGAAGAAGCAGGUUUGUCGCCUGAUACCGCCACCUCUCUACCUCUCUCUCUCUCUCUCUCUCUCUCUCUCUCUCUCUCUCCGACCCUCGCUAUCCUCGGCGGCAAUGGGCAACGAUAACAGCUCAGCGAUAGACGACAUGCAGGCGGUGGAGAUCCAUCACUGGUACAAGAAGUUCAUGAAGGAGUGCCCGUCCGGACAGCUCACCCUGCACGAGUUCAAGCAGUUCUUCGGACUGAGGGGUUUGGACCCUGAAGCCAGCGCCUACAUCGAGCAGAUGUUCCGCACCUUCGACAUGAACAAGGACGGCUAUAUCGACUUCAUGGAGUACGUGGCAGCCCUGAGUCUGGUGCUGCGUGGUAAGAUGGAGCAGAAGCUGCGUUGGUACUUCAAGCUCUACGACGUGGACGGCAACGGCUGCAUCGACCGCUAUGAGCUCCUCAACAUCAUCAAGGCUAUCAGGGCAAUCAAUGGCUGUGAUCAGGUUUCAUCAGUGGAGGAGUUCACGAACAGAGUGUUUGACAAGAUCGACGUGAAUGGAGAUGGUGAGCUGUCCCUGGAUGAGUUUGUGGAGGGGGCCCGGAAAGACGAGGAGUUCAUGGAGGUGAUGAUGAAGAGCUUGGACUUGACCCACAUUGUCGCCAUGAUCCACAGCAGGAGACACAGUGUGUGAAGAGACCCCCCCAAACCCACCCCUACCGUGCCCUCGCCCACACAGGAGACACAAUGUGUAAAGAGACCCCCCAAACCCAACCCCACCCUGCCCUCGCCCACACAGGAGACACCAUGUAAAGAGACCCCCCCAAACCCACCCCCACCGUGCCCUCGCCCACACAGGAGACACAGUGUGUAAAGAGACCCCCCCAAACCCACCCCCACCGUGCCCUCGCCCACACAGGAGACACAGUGUGUAAAGAGACCCCCCCAAACCCAACCCCACCCUGCCCUGCCGUCACCCACACAGGAGACACCGUGUGUAAAGACACACUGGCAGCAGUGGGAUUAAAUCUCAAAAUAUCCUCCCACCGAGUCCCUCAGCUCUAACCACUAGACCAUACUGCCUCCCAGACCCUCAGCUCUAACCACUAGACCACACUGCCUCCCAGACCCUCAGCUCUAACCACUAGACCACACUGCCUCCCAGACCCUCAGCUCUAACCACUAGACCAUACUGCCUCCCAGACCCUCAGCUCUAACCACUAGACCACACUGCCUCCCAGACCCUCAGCUCUAACCACUAGACCACACUGCCUCCCAGACCCUCAGCUCUAACCACUAGACCACACUGCCUCCCAGACCCUCAGCUCUAACCACUAGACCACACUGCCUCCCAGUCUCUCAGCUCUAACCACUAGACCACACUGCCUCCCAGUCCCUCAGCUCUAACCACUAGACCACACUGCCUCCCAGACCCUCAGCUCUAACCACUAGACCACACUGCCUCCCAGUCCCUCAGCUCUAACCACUAGACCCCACUGCUUCCCUGUCCCUCAGCUCUAACCACUAGACCCCACUGCUUCCCUGUCCCUCACCUCUAACCACUAGACCCCACUGCUUCCCCGUCCCUCAGCUCUAACCACUAGACCACACUGCCUCCCAGUCCCUCACCUCUAACCACUAGACCCCACAAUCUGCUAGUUCCAAUCUAAGGGCUGUCCCUCUGGAGGAACAUUGCUGACAUGAGAAGACCUCCUUCCCUAAGCUUGAUCUGGACCUGACAGCAGGGGCAGGGUUGGUGCAGAUACAAGGUUUACAAGCUUGACCCAAGGUGGCCCCAGGCUAUUUGGGUGUGUCCACCACAGAGUACAGAGGAGGCUAAAGGGCUAUCUGUACAGCAAACUGUUAAUGAGACCAACUGGAUUGGGAUGCUAUGUAAAGAGAGACGAUCCCAGCCAGGAGUUGAGAGGACGAAGCACAGUGUGAACAAUCUGAAACAUCCCCCGGCUCUGAAGAACCCUUCCAGCUUCCAGGGAGCUCAGAAAGAGGCUGUUAUAAAGUCUGCCGCACCUCCAGUGCUUACCCAGCUAUCUAUUUGUACGUUCGUCGACUGGCGUAUCUGUCUUUGCUCGUCUGUCUGGGAGUUGCACAGUGUUUCUAUGUGUUAAUUUCUACUGCAGAUCAUAUUUCUACACUAUAUUCUCCUUACCUUCAGGAACUAUUUACCUCAUCUCUCUGUAUUAGAUUUUACCAUAGAUUUUAAUAUGCUCUGCACAGCAGUCUUAAGACAGAACAACAAAGGUGUCAAUGUGAAUAUGUGUGUGUAGUAUUUACAACCACUUCAACAGAACAGCAGAUCAGGAUCUAUCUCUCUAUCUCUCUAUCUAUCUCUCUAUCUAUCUUAAAAAGGAAGACGGAAUCGAUCAGUGAUGUGUCCGAGAUCAAUAUUAUUAUUAUUAUUAUUAUUAUUAUUAUUAUUAUUAUUAUUAUUAUUAUUUAUUUCUUAGCAGACGCCCUUAUCCAGGGCGACUUACAAUUGUUACAAGAUAUUCUUCCAUAUUUGUUACAAGAUAUUAUUCCAUAUUUGCUUUGCUUAUUCCAUGCAUUUCCAAAUGUUGUUAUUUUAUAAUUGUAUUUUUUUAGUGACCUUUUUUUUGUUCAAAUAAGUUCCCUGAAUGUCUUGAGAGUACGAGAAAUCGCUGAGCGGUUUGUGAAUGUGAAUGUGAGGUCUGGUUUUGGACUCGUUGUGUAAAGUUUGUACAUUUGUAAAUAUCUUGUGUUGUGUCACAGCUUCAUGUAUAUUUAUGUAAAGGAGGGCACAGCUCAGUAGGUCCCCAGUGCUGUCUGCAGGUGCAGUCCUGCUGUAGAGAUGCCAUGAAGAGACACUGCAGCCCAGACACUCAGCAAGUAAUGUGCCUUCUUUAGAACGCUUUUAAAAAGAGAAGGUAACUUAUUUAUUGAUUUUGAAACUGCUUCACUGAACUGUGGUGCUUUUGUUUGUACAAUAAAUAUCUAAAAUUGCAA